AUGGAUAAUGAAAAAAAAAACUCGACUCAGAGUAGUCGCUCCUUCGAACCUCCUCUUGUAAUCAAGCCUCCAAAAAAACCAAACCAAGAAUUCCGGCGACGCAGGCUACUCGGCGAGGGUGGGUUUGGAAAAUGUUAUGAAGUAGAGGACAAAGAAGGAAGGAUACUCGCCGUAAAAGUUGUUUCCAAAUCAACGUUACGUAGUUCCAAGAAUAGAGAUAAGCUUCUUAGUGAGAUUCGAAUUCACAAAAUCAUGGAUCAUCCACAUAUAGUCAAAUUUUAUGAAUGCUUUGAAGAUUUAUCAUUUGUGUACAUGAUAAUGGAGCUUUGUGAAAAUAAAACUUUAGCAUAUAUGAACAAAAGAAGACAACGGUUAACUGAAGCGGAAGUUCGUUAUUUCAUGCGUCAACUACUUGAUGCGUGCGAAUAUAUGCAUCGGCAUUUUGUCAUUCAUCGUGAUCUCAAAUUAGCGAAUCUCUUCUUAUCCAAGGAUAUGAAAAUUAAAAUCGGUGAUUUUGGACUAGCGGCACAAUUGGAACGCGAAGGUGACAGAAAAAAAACGAUAUGCGGUACACCGAAUUAUAUCGCACCCGAAGUGUUAUUUGACCAAGUAAAAGGUCAUAGUUUUGAAGCUGAUGUGUGGUCUUUGGGCGUUAUAAUGUAUACAUUAUUGUUUGGCAGGCCACCUUUUCAGACGGAGGGAAAAGUUGAUCAAAUAUAUAAGAAAAUCAGAGAAUUAAAAUAUGACUUUCCAGGAAAUAUUAAUGACGUUUCCAAAGAAGCAAAAGCAUUAAUUAAUUUAAUGUUAACGUUGGAACCUGAAAAGCGACCAACGAUUCAACAAAUUCGAGAUAAUGACUUUUUUCGGUUAAGAGUUACUCCAACAGAGAUACCUGUAUCAGCAUUGACUAUCGCUCCAAGUUUCGAGCUUCCACCACUUACAAAGCCGCGCAUUAACUUGUCGCUCGCUAACAGACGGCCACUGAGAGUUAUCCAAGUCGGUGCAAAUCUAAAUCCUGCUACAUCAACUAAAAAAAAGUUCAUCUGUCCAGUUGAAGUAAAGCCUUCGGCGUCAUCUGAGAGCAAGUUGAUUAACCCUGUGACUUCAAAAACUGAAACUGGUUCCAUGCAAGCACCUCCUAUUUCAAUAUCCACGAUAAAUUCAGCGCGUGUACAAAAUAUUGUAAAUUUGGCUGUACGUGCUGCCCCUAAUUGUAAUAAUGCGGGCUCUACUAGUUCAUGCCUCACCAGAAAAGAUUCAUCACGUAAAACAAGGACUGGUGUCCUUGAAUCAGUGUAUAAUACCUUAUCUACUGCGUUUGAUCAAAUGUUGGAGGGAAAGGAAGUGUUACCACGCGCUCUCGAUGAUAAACCGCCUACUACACCACUUGUGUUUAUUAGUAAUUGGAUGGAUUAUACUAAUAAAUAUGGAUUUGGAUACCAGUUAACGGACGGGUCUGUUGGCGUAAAUUUUAAUGACAAAACCACAUUAAUAAUGUCUCCCAACGGGUGCGAAGUUCUUCCAAAAAUAAGUACUUCUUAUACGUUUGUCGACAAAAAUAGAACUCACAACAUGGAAGUCUUGAUAAAACAUAGACGGACUCCUCAUGCAGUUCUAUUUAGGUUAAGCAACAGUUUAGUGCAGGUAAAUUUCUUUGAUCAUGAUAAGAUCAUACUUUCAGAAGAAGGCAGGGUGAUAACAUAUAUUGACGAUUCACGUGGAAUUAAUACACAUACAAUUUCUGAGAUAUUGAGAGGUGAUCAUCCAACUGAAAAGAAUCGGCUGAAGUACGUGAAAGAUGUUUUAAAAAAACUGGUAGAAACAGCUCAUAAAACCAGUAAACCUGAAAGGUCGCAACUGAUGCAAAGCUGUGACUUUGCAGCAAUCAACACAUCUAAGGCAUUAACAUCGUCAAAAUCAUAUAUUUAA